CCACCAAACUUGUUCAGCGGUCGACAUGCAUUUCUCACGCUCGGCGCGCUCCAAGAAUGGUCCACGCUCGAACAGCGGUACAGCAACAUGACAAGUGACUUCGCCAUCACCUCCGAUGGCCGAACAUGCUCGAGGCAAUGUGCCCGAGAGAUCCCAAGGAAGCGACGGAAAUGACGCUCGAGCCGUCCGAGUACCACGAGGAUGUCAUCAUCGCCUUGGUCGAAUACACGUACAACUUCGACCACGAGAGCAAUGACUACGAGUCUGCAUCCUCAUCCACGCCCGCAAUCCACGUCCACCUCGCGGUACUCGCCGAAAAGUACAACAUCCCGCUGCAGAAUCUCGCAGUCACGAAAGUCAAGGCAGCAUCGACCGACAAACACAACAUUCCACUGGUUCACAAUCCUGCAGCCACUGAAGUGCGGUGAUGAAGAGAAAGAAUAAAAACGCUCGACUGGUCCGAAGAACAGGAGAAUUGCAUCGCGAUCCUGGUGGUACAUUUGGAGAAUUUGGAGAAUUUGGAGAACUUCUGGCGCGAUAAAUUGGUACGAGUCUCAUCUUUCU